ACUAGCCCGACCGCCCGAGUAGUUUUUUUUUUCAACAUAAUCUUGAUCAAAUCUAUAAUUACAUGCUCUGUGAUCAAAUCUAUCUAGUUCUGGAUCAGACGAUUACUUUCUAGUUUCUACUCUCAAAUUAAGGUAAAGCUCAAAACAAGAAAGAAGGUUUCAAUAAUAUGUUCUGUACUUAAUCCAAGGUUUAAUGACGGGUUUAAAUGGUAUAAUCUAUAUUUUACUCUCCUACAUUCAUUCAUCACUUCAUUCACCAUCCUAUGAUCCUAUAUAAAUCGUUCUAUUGUUCAAUGAGAAAAAUAAAAUAUAAUGCAAUUUGUCAAACGAGUACAACGAAAGUCAAAAUAAAUAAUGUACUUUAUUUACACAAUAUCUUUUUAUUUCAGUUGUUGUUUUAUGUCGUUUUAUAAAGUCAAUUAAUAGAUUACCUUAGUAUCGUAUUGUGUAUUAGGAAUCUUGAUCAUGAAUAGCAAGAUAUUAAACACAAUAGCUAAUGCCAUCGAUAAUAGAGAAGAGUUGAAAAAAAGAAUAGAAAAUGGCAAAAUAAUUCAUCAAGAAUUAUUAAAUUGCAUACAAAAUUGCCAGAAUCGGUUUGGAGGGAAGUCAGAGUUAGCCACAGAAGAUGAUAUAAGAAUAGCUCAACUAUGUGAAAAAUGGGAGAAAUUGCUUAGCCAUGGCAUUAGAACUAAUUUAUCAAACUCAGCAAUUCAGAAUUUGGUUACAGCAGGUUUAAACUUCACUUUUAAUAUUGUUAAUGUUGGUAACUCUCUCUGGAGUUACACUUGCUUACAUUUGACGAAACAUGAAAAAGAAAGAUUCAAAAUUCUAACGAAUAUUAACACACCACUUGGAUACUUCAGAGCAUUUCUUAGAGCUGCUUUGAAUGAAAGGUCUCUUGACAGAUAUCUUCAGAGCUGGAUAAGUCAUGGCCUGCUAAUGGAAUAUUAUGAAGAAGGUGCUCUGGUCCGAGGCCCUGAAACAUCACAUCUCAUUCCAAGCAUGGCUGCAGGUUUAUCAACAGUAUUGUUUGCGUUAUCAAUUGACAGACUAGAGUUGAAUGACUCACAACAAGCUAAUCAAACUAACAAAGCAGAACAUGUGAUACCUUUACCAAUGCCAGUAAAAUCAUCGAGUAAUUUGAAACGAAAACCACUGAGACAAGUUAUAUCCUUUGACAAAAAUGAACAGAAAAAUACCAAGACCAAUAAAAAACAAGUAUUUGGAGCAACAGAACAAGUUGAUAAUUCUGCUUGGAACAGUGCACCAGCCACUUGCCUCAAUUCACCAGAUCCCAAAAUAGUUGCCCAGGCAGCCUCAAGCAGCGAACCAACUAGUUCAGAAUACAAAACCAGUUUAAGGCAUUUUUUUCCUGACAGUGUCAAAGUUAUGGACAGUCCUUCACAAAUUCUCUCCAAACUUUCUGAAUGUGCAAAGGAAAUAUUUUCAUCUUCUAGCAGUAUUGAUGUAAACAAUGCCAUCAAAGAUGAUGUUUCAGAAUUAAGUAUAAAUAAUUUAAAGAUAUCAGAAAGUGACAGUGAGGAAGUGGCGGGGAGUAUUGAUGGUAGUACUUCAUGUCUAGAACUCUGUUUUACAGAGGACGAAAGUACGCCGGAUGAUAAGACAUUAAAUGCGAUAUUAGAAAGUAAGGAUAAAGAGUAUUUAAAUUUACAACUAAAAUACACUCAAAUGGAAGUAGCUAGUAAGGAAAAAAUUAAAAAGUUAGAAAAUGUAGUGGCUGAAAUGCACGCUGAAUUAAUGGAGUUCAAUACGUAUCUACAACAGCGGCUUAAAGAGUACGAGAGUAUAUCGACAUUAGAAGUACUGGAUUACCCUGAGUCUAAUGUGAAGGCACAUAUUCCGACUGCAUUCUUAGUAGGAAAGAAAACACAUUCAUAUCAUGUUUAUCAAAUUUAUCUGAAGAUUGGACAAGAAGAGUGGAAUGUAUACCACAGAUACGCAAAAUUUCAUGAACUACACACGCAGCUCAAGAAAUGUCAUCCUGAUAUAGCGACGUAUAAAUUCCCUCCAAAGAAAACAUUGCGAAAACGAGACGCUCAUUUAGUGGAACAGCGGCGAAUUGCUUUGCAGGCGUAUUUGCGACACAUACUGCUGGUGUUGCCAGAGCUUAAAGAGUGCACCAACCGCGCACAACUCAUCACUUUAUUACCAUUCUUUGGAACGUCAUCUACCACUAAGGAGAAUGGGUUUAAUAACCCACUAGAUCGUCAACAAUCGAAUGACUCCAUUUCGUCGUACAAUGCACUAUGAUAUAGUUUCAUUAAUAAGAACAUUCCCAAGUUAAUAAGUACAGUAUACAUAUUACACCAGUGCGUAGAUAUUUUCCAAAUAUAGAAGAUAUAAAUUUAACUUAUUUUUUGUUAGUAUGUUGUGUGUUAGGU